GUGAACACAGAACAUCCCCUCUUUAUUUUGGUUAUUUUGUGGGUGAAUGUUUUCCGUACUGACACCCAUUUCUGGUUGUUUUACUAUUUCAAGCUAUUCACGAAAGUUCAAUGAAAAUGACUGGAUUACCGGGAAAAAAUUGGAAUUACGUUACAGGGGUUCCGGAAACAGAGGACCAGCAGAGAAUGCGGUUUCAGGUGGAACUCGAGUUUGUGCAGUGCUUGGGAAAUCCCAACUACUUAAACUUUCUCGCACAAAGAGGUUACUUCAAAGAUCCCACCUUCAUACAUUACCUGAAGUACCUGAUAUACUGGAAGGAACCAGACUAUGCAAAGUAUCUGAAAUACCCCAUGUGUCUCUAUUUUCUCGACCUGCUCCAGUACGAACACUUCCGCAGGGAGCUUGUGAAUGCACAGUGCACCAAGUUUAUAGAUGACCAACAAAUUCUGUUGUGGCAACACUAUACCAGGAGAAGGAGCCGCCUCAUGACAACAGCAGCUUCAAAUGGAACCAGCCAGGAUCAGAAUCCCGGCAGUCAAGCCACCAAUCCACAACAGAAUGGGCAUAUAACUAGCUCUAUGAAGAUGACAUAGAGGAACAGGCCAAAAUCCUAAUGGUCUUACGUGAUAGCAGAUGGCAUCCUGAGUGCGUGAAAUGCGUUUUGCGAGAAGUUACAUUUGAACGAAAUCUUCUGAAAUGGCAUUUUUCGCACAUUUAUACUACAUAGUUUUAAUUUACUAUUCCCUAUCAAUUCAGAAUAAUUUUUCUUUCUGCACAAUGAGCGUCGAGGAAGAUACAAUAGUUCACAACUUGUCAACUGA